CUCGCCACAAAGCUCUCAGAGACCUCCGCGGGUAUUACGUGUAUAUAUCAUCAUUCGUAGAGAUUAAUAGAGGAAGAAGCUGGUAUAAAAGCAAUUCAAUUGCGCUCCGUCGAUCAUUACUCAUAGUGUACUUCCCAUUUUGCAUACAUCCACCUUCCUACUCAUCGUCCCAGAGGUACUAGACACAAGAUGAAGCUAUCCCAGGCGACGACCGCGCUCUGCCUGUACCUCUCCACAGCUUACGCAGCACCACAAGGCUCAGCCAAAAACUUCUACCUCGUCUCGUGCUCCGACGAUACCGGGAACUUCGAUGCCAUAGCAUACUACCCCUCCGGCCCCUCCAAAUCCACCACCACCUGGCCCCCCGAGCUCAGCGAAGUCUCGCGCGGCCGCUCCGCCUGGGAGGGUGUGGUCCGGGAGGCCGAAUUCGAGCGCGACAACUGGUUCAUCGCGACGAUCGACAAGGGCGCCGCGGCGCUCAAGAGCGGGGAGAUUGCGGGGACGGGGUCGUUCGAGGGCGAGCCGUUCGUGUGCUUUAAGCAGACGGGGCUGCUGUUUAGAGAUGGGUCGACGAGGUGCGAGAAGAGGUAUUGGUGUCCGAGUGUUGAUGUGGGCGGUGGGAGGGGAGUGAGGAUGUGAUGGUCGAUAAUUCCUGGUGUUGCUGAAACCAAAAGUUGUACAUUUGAAGUCUUUCUUUCUUUACGUGACGUGUAUGGCGCAGUCUGUAUUUAGUACCUUCUGCGGACUUCCUGAGCGAUGGAUUUG